AAAGACAGGGGCAUUUACUUUGGGCCCCUCUACUUUAUGGUUUUAAGUAUUUUCCGAUUAAAGAAAGAUUAGGGUUGUUAUAGGAGGGUUUUUUGGCUUUUGGUUUCUGAAAGCUUAGAUGCGUUGUUGGAAGGUAAAACGAAGGCCAAAACUUCUCUGGGUCCAUUGUAUUUAAUGCAAUGAUGCUGAGAUUUGAAGACCCAUUUGCUUCAUUUUAGUGGGUUUGUGGUACCAGAAUGGUCUGAGCUCAGCUUCAGAGUGUACUGCAAAAGUGAAGUUUCAGCUAUACCCAAAUCUCGUAAGCUUCACUUUUCCCAAGCUUCAAUCUGAGCACGAGUGAGCUCUCUUUUGCUGUAAACACUGAGUAUCUGGAGAGAACCCUGUUAAAUGAGGCACAUUGCUCAUAUGGAAGGGGAAUGGUAAGAGAAUGCUCAACUGUUCAAGGUCUGAAUCUUUGAUAGUGACUCAGUUUGUAUAGUGUUAUUGCAGUCAUUCAUUGCUUGGGCUCAGUUUGUGUUACUUGUCUCCAUCAUAUUGUGACUGCUUGUAGGUUUUCCCUCCUUUAUUUUUCAAGACUCGUAGAUGAACACUGUGAUUUCUCUGUUUGAGUGUUGAUGCUUGAUUCUUGUUUCUCCUUCUGAAUUUGUUGCCUACUGAGGAAAAUGUUGGUGGGUUUUGCUUUAGGUUGUUAAAUCACCUCUAUACCGUCUGGGUUUCUUUUGAACUGGGGAUUCCAGGCCUUAGAAAUCGUUUUGGUUCGUCAUAGUGGAUUUGAAGGUGAAAGAUAAAACUUGGGAUAGAAAUGAAGCUAUUUAGGCUUUUUCUGGUAACCCUAGUUUUUGUCAAUGCUAUGGGGCAGCUUCCCUCACAGGACAUUUUGACAUUGCUUGAAUUCAAGAAAGGAAUCAAGCGUGACCCAACUGGUUAUGUGCUUGAUUCGUGGAAUGAUGAGUCUAUUGACUUCAAUGGGUGCCCUUCGUCUUGGAAUGGGAUAAUGUGUAAUGGUGGUAACGUCGCAGGAGUUGUACUUGAUAAUUUGGGUUUAUCUGCUGAUGCAGAUCUGAGUGUGUUUUCUAACCUCACCAUGCUUGUGAAGCUUUCUAUGGCUAACAACUCGAUAAGCGGAAAAAUUCCUUCCAAUAUUGGUGAUUUCAAAACCCUUGAGUAUCUGGAUUUAUCGAACAAUCUGUUUUUCUCAGUUUUGCCAUUGGAGAUUGGUAAGUUGAGUAGUCUAACGAACCUCUCGUUAUCGGGGAAUAACAUCUCCGGCUCUCUUCCCGAUUCGAUUUCAGGGCUUUCUUCAAUACAGUCUUUGGACUUGAGUCGAAACUCCUUUUCCGGGCCACUACCAUCUUCACUGAGAAAAUUGUCAACUCUGGUAUCUCUUAAUUUAUCUCUUAAUGGAUUUUCACAGAGUAUCCCAAAAGGCUUUGAGCUAAUGACCCAUCUUGAAGUUCUUGAUUUGCAUGGAAAUAUGCUGGAGGGGGAACUAGAUAAAGAGUUCUUACUUCUUACUACUGCAACUCAUGUUGAUUUUAGUGGGAAUCGGCUCAUAACGUUGGAGCAGAAGUUUCUCCCGGGUAUAUCAGAGACUAUUAGGUUUUUGAAUCUUAGCAAUAAUUCACUCAGAGGGUCUUUAGUGAGUGGGGGUGAUGCACAGAUAUUUGGGAGUUUGAAGGUGUUGGAUUUGAGCUACAAUAAGCUGUUUGGGGAAUUGCCCAGUUUUAAUUUUGUUUAUGAUCUUCAAGUUCUCAAGCUUAGCCACAAUGGGUUUUCUGGCUUUGUUCCAAAUGGCCUUCUGAAGGGAGAUUCUUUGGUUCUAACUGAAUUGGAUCUGAGUGGCAACAACCUCUCAGGGCCGAUUAGCUUGAUUACAUCAACAACUUUGAGCAUUCUAAAUCUCUCUUCAAAUGCACUUUCUGGUGAACUUCCAUUGCUUACGGGAAGCUGUGCAGUACUUGAUCUAUCGCGUAACGAAUUCGGAGGAAACUUAACCAGGUUGGCAAAAUGGGCAAACAUCGAAAUCCUCGAUCUCAGUCAAAACCGUUUGUCAGGGUCCAUCCCUGAGGUAACAUCUCAAUUCCUGCGUUUGAAUUACCUCAAUCUCUCCCGUAACUUUCUCAACAGUUCGCUCCCAAAAGUCAUUACUCAGUUCCCAAAACUUAAGGUCCUUGAUCUCAGUUUCAACCAGUUAGAUGGACCUCUUCUUACUGCCUUGCUAACAUCUUCCACUGUGCAAGAACUUCAUUUAGAAAACAACUUGUUUUCUGGAAGCAUUGAGUUCUCUUCUUCUUCCACCUUUGAGACCAACCUUCAAGUUCUUGAUCUUUCUCAUAACCAGCUUAAUGGGUAUUUCCCUGAUGGAUUUGGGUCUUUAACUGGACUUAAAGUUCUCAAUCUUGCAAUGAAUAAUUUGUCUGGUUCUCUCCCUACUUCCAACAUGAGUUCCCUAAGCUCAUUAGAUAUAUCACAAAAUCAUUUCACUGGUCCAUUGCCAAAUAACUUCUCAAACAGUCUUGAAAGCUUCAAUGCAUCAUACAAUGAUCUUUCUGGUGUUGUCCCUGAAAAUCUAAGGAAGUUUCCUUUGUCUUCUUUCUACCCUGGAAAUUCCAGAUUAGAAAUACCAAAUGGACCCCCUGGAUCGGGCAAUUCCCCUACUGGAAAUCCCAAGAGGAAAUCUAUCAAAAACAUAAUCAAGGUGGUGGUGAUAGUUGUGUGUGUGGUAGCUGUGUUUAUUCUGAUCCUUCUUGCUAUCUUCAUCCACUACAUCCGGAUAUCAAAGAGGCCUCUUCCGCAACACGUGUCAAACAAAGACAUCCACAGACGGACCCCGUCAAAUCCUUCCAGAAAUAGCGGAAGAGACAGUGCCGGCCCAUUAGUUGUUUCAGCUACUGAUCUGGCACCACGAAAAGGAUCCUCAUCUGAGAUUAUUAUCAGUCCGGAUGAGAAAAUGGCUGCAGUAACUGGACUUUCCCCUUCGAAAACCAGCCAUUUCUCUUGGUCACCCGAGUCUGGGGAUUCAUAUGCUGUGGAGAACCUUGCAAGAUUGGAUGUUAGGUCUCCUGAUAGACUAGCCGGGGAGCUGCAUUUUCUUGAUGAUGCACUGUCUUUGACUCCAGAAGAAUUAUCGAGGGCCCCUGCUGAGGUACUGGGGAGGAGUAGCCAUGGGACUUCUUACAGGGCAACACUUGAUAAUGGGAUGUUCUUGACCGUAAAGUGGUUAAGAGAAGGUGUUGCGAAACAGAGGAAGGAUUUUGCGAAGGAAGCUAAAAAGUUUGCGAAUAUCAGACAUCCGAAUGUGGUGGGCUUGAGAGGGUACUACUGGGGGCCCACGCAGCAUGAGAAGCUCAUUUUGUCGGACUAUAUCUCUCCUGGAAGUCUGGCCAGUUUUCUCUAUGAUCGACCUGGAAGAAAGGGCCCACCACUAUCCUGGGCGCAACGGCUGAAGAUAGCCGUCGACAUUGCCCGUGGCCUCAACUACCUGCAUUUUGACCGUGCUGUUCCACAUGGCAACCUCAAAUCAACCAACGUCCUUUUAGACGGGCCCGACCUCAAUGCUCGAGUAGCUGACUACUGCCUCCACCGCCUCAUGACCCAAGCGGGGACCACCGAACAGAUCCUAGAUGCAGGGGUAUUGGGUUACCGUGCACCAGAACUGACAACUUCCAAGAAACCGCUACCCUCUUUCAAAUCGGACGUUUACGCCUUUGGAGUGAUUCUGUUGGAAAUUUUGACUGGAAAAUGUGCUGGCGACGUGGUCUCUGGCGAAGACGGAGGAGUUGAUCUGACGGAUUGGGUGCGGCUGAGGGUGACCGAAGGUCGUGGGCCUGAGUGUUUUGAUGUUGCGUUGAUGCCAGAGAGGGGGAACGUUCCGGCAGCAGAGAAGGGGAUGAAGGAGGUUCUUGGAAUAGCUUUGCGAUGCAUCCGAUCGGUUUCCGAGAGGCCAGGUAUCAAGACUAUAUAUGAGGAUCUUUCAUCUAUAUGAGAUGAUUUUCUGUGGUUUGGUUUUUGGUUUCUACUCUUUUAGUUAGAUCUUAGGUGGGAAUCAAAUAGCUCAUUGGUUUCCCGUUUUGGAAUUAUUUCUAGUUGGACCUUAGUGUGAUGUGCUAAUUUACUGACCCUUGUUGUAAAGUUGGGGGCACAAAAUUUGCAAGGAUGAGCUAUGAUCACUAAUUUGCAUUGGCUUUUGACUGAAGUUUGAUUGGGUUAUGCCCAAGUGAAAUGAUAUGGUUUUGGAAAAA